UCCUUGCAGCUGAUAGGGAGUGAAAGAACAGGUUCGGGAUAUUUACCUUGUAUUAUAAGUCGUUUGUAACACCAUACACAAACGGGAGAUUCCCGUAGAUCAUAGUUGUAUCUAUGUUUAAAUUAUUUAUUGUAUUCGAUUGUGGUACAGUUCUUCGUUUGAGGACAUGUCUCUGUCAGGAAGUUAUCAGAAACCGGUAGUGCAGUAGCUAGCUAUCUAAAGCUUUCGCCGGCCGGGUACAGUCAGGCGGACCUCUUUGUCUGGCUGGAAAAGCGUGUUCGGCAUUUUCUUUGUUUGGUAGUCUAAAGUGAACUCUGGGACCAGCGUUUCUCCACAGACGUUCUUCCAAAAGUGUGAAAAAGAUGCAAAACGUGAAGAAAUACUUCACAGAAGGACUGAUCCAAUUUACGAUCUUACUCAGUUUGAUCGGAGUUCGCGUGGAUGUCGACAGUUACUUGAACGGCUCCUACUCACCGCUAGAGAUUAGCGACGGUCCUAGCUCAGCCUACAUCCAGACACCGUUUCACAGUUUGAGGGACAACUGGGACGGGUACAGCGUGCACCCCAAAUGUCCCGAGUUGGAUUAUUUCUUCGCCUGCCGUCGGCUCCUGGAUGAGGUGAGGGCGCUUGGGUCGCCCAUCCGGUUCCCUACGCAGCUGAGCGCGUGGCUCGUACACCAAGUACCUGACAGCUCUGAGUUCCGAGAGCCACCAAACAGCACGAGUAACAGUAAUGUUAGCGCGGGGCUGUUGUCAGAGAGUACCGGGGAAGAGGCCAACGACACUGAACUUCUCGCCGUGGACGAAAGCCAUACUGCCGCCCAGCUAAGUGAGCCGGGGCCUUAUCCCAGCACUGGAGCCUGCGAGAUACCCAAUGAGGAGGUUGAGGAACUGAAGGGGCGGAUCCAAGAGUAUGGUGAUGAAGGCAGAGAGGAACCUGUUUCCCUGACCCAGCUGGCUCUCAGUUCCACACUAGAACAUGAGGGUUUGUUAAGUAGCGGCGCCCCUCUUUCCAGCUCUGAGGACCCACACCCCCCUGACAUCGACCAGCACUGGAGCCAAUUCCUGUCCCUACCCAUCUAUGAAUUUGACGAUUUAGACCCACUGGUUUCUCAGCAGCUGUCUGACCUCGACGCUGACAUCUCCAGCGCCAUCAGUCAGGAUGUCAGUCUCCGCGAUGCCAUGGUAACAGGCUCCGUCUACGACAUGAUCCCCCCGAGGGGUGGAGUCAGGACCCUGGUGGCACGGCAACCAAGAGGGCCCCUCUUCCGACUCGUGUCCGCAAACUCCUCCAACUUGUCGCCUGGUACGACCACAGGGCUGGCUGCACUACCGAACGCCGCGGUGGUCAACGGAACACGAAAUGGGUCAUCGUCCCAUGGUGCACUGGAAGGCUGUUUGGAUGAGGCAGUGUUUGACCAGAUCAACCUCCUGGGGCUGGAUGGCUGCUUGGAAACCAUGGACGCCCAGCUGCUGGGGAUUCUACAGGGCAUCGACCCUCGUGUCCUGGAGGACCUCGACUCAGACUCUGGUCUUUCCCUGGAGAGCAGCUCUCGAGGCCCAGACUCCCCAAGUGCAUCUGAGGUGUCAUCAUCGUCUUCCAGUUCGUUUUUUGAGGACGAGGGUGGGGCUACGGGCUACAGCAGUGAGGUGGACUCCCUCCCCUCCAAGAGCAUUGCCAACUACCACACAUGGUCGCCUGUGGAUUUCAGCGAGAGCGUGUGGCACGACCACAGCUACUCCUCCGCAGCCUUCUCCCAACUGUCAGCCACCACUUUCCCCCACAAAGCCAUCAAAGAGGAGCCUUUCAGCGAUGAAGACGGGGAAGAUGACGAAGCCCGAGAGCUUAGCCGCGACGAACUCCGCACCCGGGCCCUGCAUGUCCCGUUCUCGGCGGCGGAGAUCGUCAGCAUGCCCGUAGAGGAGUUUCUGGAGCUCCUGGAGGUUCAUGGUCUCUCGCCCACCCAGGUUGCCUUCCUGAGGGACAUCAGGCGGCGAGGGAAGAACAAACUGGCGGCGCAGAACUGUCGCAAGCGCAAGCUGGAUGCUAUCACGGGGCUCCAGGAGGAGGUGGAGAGGCUGCAGGCCCAGAGGAGCAGGCUGCUCAGGGAGAGGCAGCACACGGCCAAGGCUCUUGGUGCCGCAGGCCAGCGCAUGGAGCACCUCUCCAGGGACAUAUUCUCCAGGCUGAGGGAUGGCUCAGGACGACCCCUGACCCCAGAGAGAUACACCUUGCAGUGCGAGGCCAACGGGAGGGUCGUGGUGCAGCAUAUCAGGCGGCCUAGUGUUGCCACGACAACAGCUGGAGGUAAACCGGACAAAAGGAAGAAGGAGAAGAAGCCUUGAUGCAGCAAGGGCUGCUGGUACUUGAUACUUUUUAAGGGGUGUUAUUGUUUUUUUCUGAACUUACAGUCCAGAUUCUGGUCUUGUGACUGUUUCUGGAUCUUUCUCUUCCUCCUUGUCUGGACUCUUUGACCUUGGGAGCCUAAAAGGGCAGAAACUUAUGUUAAAUAAAUACACCCAAAAACAUACAUUUAAAUACAAAUAUUACAGAACGUG